UCUCAAUGCUACAUGUCGAACUAUAUGUUUAGUUAAAGCUAGUAAAUGUGAGUAGUAUUUAUCCGUUUCAUCAUAAGAUUCUGAUUACGCUAAACGCUCUCAAUGAAACGAAGCAAAAACAAACAUUGAAGUAACGAUUUUUAAAUCGUAAGCAACUUGGAGUUGAACAUAGCGAUGUCAGAGACAUGCGCGUUUUUAAAUAAACAUGGAGAUCAAGAAGAAAAAUCACGACAAGUUAUGGUUGAAAGGUAUAACAGGUCAAUGGUUUGAAGAAAUAAGGAGAGCAAAAUUUAAAGAUCAGCCUGACUUAACCCAGAUACUUAAAGGAUCCCAUACCUGGAAUCUGAAGAAGAAAAAUAGGACAGCUUUAGAUGACUUGAAAUUUCUACAAGCAAAAGACUGUCCACAGAGCAAAAACGGGGUCAAUCAUAUAAAAUUGUCAGGUAAUUCCAGGAAAGAUGACGAUCUUGAUCCUGAUUCCGGGCCCACUGCAUCUUCUGAAUCUGUAAGCGAAGACGUCCAGUCUCCUUCCGAACAAAGCCAAUUCAGUAACUGCAAAUCACUACAAUCGGAAGCACCAAGUAUGUUCCAGCAAAUACAGGUACGGUUGAAGGCAGCAGCAGUUCCCCAUGUUGAAAGAAAAAUACACGUAUUUCAUGGCUUUAGGAAACAAAUACAGUCUAAUGUCCUCAGCCAAGACUUGGAAACAAAUAACAUUGAUGAUGCAGCAAACAAACACGAAAUGUUCUUGGGGACUGAAGAUUUGAGUAAUUCUGAAAUGCAAAGAAACAUCACAUAUGAGCAAGGUGGUAAAAGUUAUGAUCACCUCGCAAAAAUACACAGAAAUGGCAAAGCAAACACUUUACAGAAAUCCUCGAAGUUAAGUGAAAAUGCUAGAGUACAAUCACUGCCUGUUGAGUACAACAUUGAAAUUGGGAGUUACGGUCCUGUAUCAAGCGAUAUUGGUGCUUUUCAACAACAAAGAAAUAACUGUGCUGUUAUUGGACCAGGUCAAUGUGAAGCUGACAGUUCAGUAUUACCAGAACCUGCAUCUAGCUCACAGUCUUCUAUUAUUGAGUCGAAAAAUGUGUUUCAAAAUCAUGCAAUGGACUAUGCUGGCAACAUUCUGAAUACAGACAUUGAUGGUUGUUUGUCACAUGAUCAUUCAAAACCAAAAACUGAUGAUGUCUCUUUAGACAGCAUGAAUAAUAAUUUAUUACAAAAUGAUCAAUCAGAAGAAUGUAGUGCAACAGGAAUGAUUAUAACUCAAUCUCCAAUUAAUUCAGAUGAAGCAAUUGCUUCUCAAACUCUACCAUUAAACCUUGAUAGAUGCUCUAAACAAAACUACAAACAAAUAUCUAUUGCUACUCUUUCAACAGACCAAGUGUUCAGCUACAAGUUCCCUAUACCUAACAGCUUUAAGUACCGUUUGUUCAGUGAAUCAGUCAAUUGUACUGGCAUAACUGCGGACAGAAAAAGUAAAGAGAAUAAAUCGGAUGCAAACUCUGGUCUUUCAUUAUCAAACUCAAAAACAGUAUCUUCUUUAGAUAGCACAAAAAGUACUUUACAGAACUGGUCAUUUCACACAGACAACAGCAAUUCACCCAAAAUUCAUGGAGUUCAUAAUGUUCAAAAUUAUAAAUCAGAAAAGAAAAAUACACCACCAGUGGUUGCAGUAAAACAAGACCUGUCUACAAUUACCAACAAAAGCAAGUCAUCAACAAAUUAUCCUAUAAGUGGAAACAGCAGUGAAACAAUCACGAAAAACAUAUCCAAAACAGUAAAUAAAGAACAGCCUACUAGAACUAUCACACCACAUUUGAACCAAAAUACAUCAUUAUCAUAUUCCUUCAGCAGUAAAGGCAAUGAAAAUGUAUCAAAGUAUGUCACUGACAGUACACCUGCUGCACAAGAUUCACAGAAUGACCAACCACCUCUCCCAGAUUUUACUGUCAGCCAAGAUAAGUCAUUAACUCACUUUCCACUCAUUGAUAAUACUAUUAUGGAUCCAGAAACCAUUAAGAAUACAGAAAGCUACCAGUCUGACAAAGAAAUUCCAGUCUCACCACAGGCUACAGCAACUAGCCAACUUUCUCCUCCAAAUACUCAAAGUAAAACAAACAAGUUAUUGAUCCAAAAGCCAGUGAAAUCAGAUCUUAAUAAGAAUUUAGAAAAUGAACAAUCUGCAAACUACAAAGUUGAUUUGUUAUUAAAUGUAGAAGUUGACUUGAAGACUCCUUCAGAAACGACAUUUCAAAAUCAGGUGCAAAAUAAUGCUGACACUACUUUGCUUAGAGGAACUACAAACGAUUACAAACAGCUAAAUGAAUUUAAGAUUGAUGUUGCCCUUUCUGUACAGGAUACAGCUUUUAACCAGUCUCUGUUUAAAGAUUACACAUUCUUAAAUGAGCACAAACCACUAUGUUUUUCCUCAAACGGGGUUCAUGCCACAGGAAACAGAAAAAAUCCUGACAGUUUGCAAACUGGAAAUACCAGUCAGCAGCUAACUUCCAACAUCAUUCAUAUCAACCAAAAAAACCAACUAGUUCAUCCCUUAUUCAGCAAUGACAUCCAUGUGCAUGGAGAACACAGUCAGGUUUUACAAGAGAACAUAUCUGAAAGCUAUGGUAAAAAUACAGCGCCAGAAAUGUUAACUGUUUUACAUUUCACAACCACAUCUACAGAUAUCAAAAAAGGUGCAAUGCGCAAUGAUUCGUCAAAGGGAACUGAAAUUGCUCGCAAUCAGAAAUCAUGUGACAGAAAUGAGGAAAAUGAUCGAUUGGAAAAUCAUCAUCAGGAUUCACAAAGUAGAGUGAUUGGCCAGAGGACUCCAACAAAUAGCACACCAGGACAGGAAAAUAUUCAAAAGAAUCUGUACCGAGAUAAUGAUCACACUAUAUAUAGAAGAUUCAAUAAAGAUAAUGUGCUAGGAAACAAAUCAGAGACACCCCAUGAAUCUUCAACAACUGAUUCAGAAUUUGGGCAACAAUUUUCAACAAAUUUUGCACCCAAGUAUAAAUAUCCAUCACAGUAUUAUACAAGAAACAGUGUGCAUGUCAUUCUGGGCAGAGAGGGCAAUAAGCACUUAGAAAAGGACAGCACUGAACCUAUACUACCAUCUUUGGUGACUGACAAACAGACUCCCAUAAGUGCAUGUAACAAAAUCAACCCCCACAUCCAGGUCGCAUUCAGUGCUGACAGUACUCUGGAUGCAGAUGUUAUCAGGAAUACUGAACAUGACCAAUCUGAAGAAAGCAGUCCAAUUGUUUCACAAGAUAUAUUGACUGACCAAAGGUUUCCUCCUGAACAAGUCUGCAAAUUAGAUAAUUCUGUGGAAAGUGCUAACGUGGAAUUAAAUGAGAAUUUACAAAAGCAGCAAGCUAAAACAGGCACUGACACCAGCCCAUUCAAUCCCAAUCGCUCAACUACAAAUGUGCAAAAGAAUACUUUGCAGCGCUACGUAACAAAGGUUACUGACAUUUACAACCACAGGAGAUCUUCUGCUAAGUUCAAAUUAAAUCUUUUGAAGAAAACGAAGAGUGCACCCUCAUCAUGUUCUGCAGAAUCCAGCCAGUGGCUCCCAGAAAAUAGCUUACAAAGCAGCAACCUAGGGGAAUCAAAGUUUCGUUCUCCGGUCAGAGAUAAUGAGAAGUCAUUGGCACGUUGUGAAAAUACAGAAGAAUACCAAUCUGAUAAAUACAGUGCAAUUUCUACAUGGCAUAGACAAUGGAAACAUCAAGCUAUCACAGCAGGCAGGAAGAAUAUGUUAGAGAGUCGUUCCCCAAAUUUUGAUGACAUUACUGUGGUGGACAAAAUAAAUAAUUCUUGCACUGUCGAUAAAUUUGAGACUGACGGCAUGACUUCACCAUUCGGUCAAGAAACAAACCAGUUUUCUCCUACAGAUAGCCCACACAGGCAUGAACAUAAGCCUGUGACUUAUUUCUUAAACAGUGCUGCGGUCAAUGCUCACAGAGAAAGUCCUAGUGAUUUAGAAAAAUGCAAAGAGGAAACUAAAUGUGCAAAUUUAGCUGAAGAUAAAACUCAUCAGCAAAAAUCUACAAGUCCAACAGACAGCUACAAGGACAAGCCACUGAGUCAUUCAUCAGCCGUUACUGAUAUCAGUGCAAUUAAUCAAAGUAAAAGCAACGUACUACCAGCACUGGAUCCAGCGUCCUUCUACAAUACUUCUAAGAGUAUCACUAACAGUAGUAAAUAUAAGACACUGAGUAUUUCACUCAACAGUGCAACUGGCACUACAGACAUUGGAGACAGUGAAUAUUUACAAGAAAACCCACCAGAAAUUAACAAAAUUCCAGCAGUACAUUCACUAAGUGACACACAGUUCAUGAAGACUACCACAGAUGUCAAGAAAGAUGCUUUGCAGAAUGAUCCAUUAAAGGUACCUGAAAUUCUUCAUGAUAAGAAAUCUUUUCAUGUAUUAACCUUUAAAACAAUACCCGUAGCUAACAGUGCACCCUCACCAUUGGCACCAGUGACCAGUUACAUUUUCCCUACAACUGUCUUACAGAAGAGCUUUUCACUUACUCAAUCCCAACUUGAUGGAGAUACCAUGAACAAGGGAUGUAUGGAGUGCUUACUGAAGGACCACAGUCAUCUCUCAACACAAGAUUCAUUGGGUGAUCAAAUGUUGCCAGCAAACGACAUGUGUGAUAACAUGAACGAGUCUUAUUCUCAGACUCUGCCCUUUGAUCACCUCCCUGUGGGUCCAGGAGGUGUUUGCAAUGUAGAGAAUUACCAAUCAAAAAACUAUGGUGGAGAUUCACCAGGUAGAGUGAUCAGCCAGAAGACUCCAACAAAUAGCGCACUAAGACAGGAAAAUACUCAACAGACUCUGUGCCCAGAAAAUGAUUACACUACUUUACAUAGAAGAAUCCAUACAGAUAAUGUGCAAUGUUACAAAUCAGAAAGACUCCAUAUAUCUCCAACGUCAGACUCCGAGAUUGGGCAAGAGUUUUCAAUAAAUAUUGCACAAGGGCAUAACUAUCUGUCACAAAAUUAUUCCCCAAACAGUGCACGUGUCAUUCUGAACAGAGAGGGCAAUAAACAUUUAGAAAAGGACAGCACUGAACCUACACUGCCCUCUUUAGUGACUGACCAACGGACUUGCAUAAGCGCACAUAACAAAAUCAACCCCCUCACCCACCUCCCACUCAGUGCUGACAGUACUGUGGGUGCAAACCUUAUCAAGAAUACUGAACAAAAGCAAUCUGAAGAAAGCAGCCCAAUUGUUUCACAAGAUACAUUAAUUGACCAAAGAUCUCCUAAUUCAGUCAGAAAUUCAGACAAACCACUGCCUCAUUCUUUGGAGACUGGUGAUAAAGAAAUGGAUGAGAAUUUAGCAAGGCAGCAAGCUCAAACAGACAAUGACAGCACCCCAUUGUAUCCCUUCAGUCCCCAUCGCUGUGCUGCAAGUGUGAAGAAGAAUACUUUGCAGCAUUACAUAACAAAGGUUUCUGACAUCUACCAACAUAGGAGACCUUCUGCUAAGUUCACAUUAAAUGUUUUGCAUAAAACAAAGAGUGCACCCUCACCAUCCUCUGCAGAGACCAGCCUGUUGCUCCUAGAAAAUAAUGUAAAAAGCAGCAACCAAGAGGAAUCAAAGUUUCUUUCACUGUUCAGACAUGACAUGGCAGGGAGCAGAAAAACAGAAUCCCAAUCAGGCAAAAGCUUUGCAAUUUCCACAGCAGAUGAAUUGAAUGGACAUUGGACCCAGCAAAAUAUCGCAGAAGGCAAGAAGAAUAUAUUAGAGAGUUGUUCCCCAAGUUUUGAUGACAUUACUUUGGUCAGUGAAAUAAAUAAUUUUGGUGCUGUGGAUAAAUUUGAGACUAAAUAUGUAACUUCACCAUUGGAUCAAGAAACAAAACAAUUUUUUCCUACAAAUAGCCCACACAGGCAUGAACACAAGCCUGUAACUUAUUUCUUAAACAGUGCUGCUGUCAAUGCUCACAAAGAAAAUCCUAAUUGUUCAGAAAAGUGCAAAGAGGAACCUAAAAGUACAAAUUUAGCAGAAGAUAAAACUCCUCAACAAAAAUCUACAAGUCCAACAGACAGCUACAAGGACAAGCCACUGAAUCAUUCAUCAGUCAUUACUGAUAUCAGUGCAAUUAAUCAAAACAACAGCCAUAUACCCCCAGCAUCGGAUCCAGUGUCUGUCUACAAUACUUCUAAGAAUAUCACUGACAGCAGUAAAUAUAAGACACUCAACAGUGCUACAGACACUACAGAUUUUGGACACAGUGAACAUGCACAAAAAAACUCACCAGAAAUUAUCAAAAUUCCAGCAGUACAUUCACUAAAUGAUGUUCAGUCCAUGAAGACUAACAGUGCAUCCUCAAUUUUGGCACCAGCGACCAGUCAGAGUUUAACUCCCUCUCAGAAAAGCAAUUCAUUGACUCAAUUCCAACUUGAUGGAGAUAGCAUGAUGGACAGGGGAUGUGACAAGAAUUUGCAAAAGGUUCACAGUCAUCUCUCAACACCAGAUUCACUUGGGGAUCAAGUGUUUCCAGCAAAUGGCACAUGUGACAACAUGAAUGAGUCUCAUUCUCAGACUCUGCUCAUUGAUCACCACCAUGUGGGUCCAGGGGGUAUUUGCAAUGUAGAGAAUUACCAAUCAGAAAGCCCUGGUGGAGAUUCACCAGAUAGAGAGAUCAGCCAGAGGACUUCAACAAAUAUUGCGCUAGGACAGGAAACUAUUCAACAGAAUCUGUGCCCAGAAACUGAUUACACUACUUUGAAUAGAAGAUUCAAUAAAAAUAAUGUGCAACAUUACAAAUCAGAAAGACCGCAUAUAUCUUCAACAUCAGACUCCAGGAUUGGGCAAGAAUUUUCAAUAAAAAUUGCACAGGAGCAUAAAUAUCAGUCACAAAAUUAUUCGCCAUGUAACAAAAUCAACCCACUGACCCACUUCCCACUCAGUGCCGACAGUUCUCUGGAUGCAGAGGUUAUCAAGAAUACUGAUUGCCAAUAUGAAAAAAGUAGUCCAACUGUUUCACACGAUACAUUAACUGACCAAAAGUCUCCUCCUAAUUCGAUCAGAAAUUCAGACAAACCAUUGCCUCAUUCUUUGGAGAGUGGUGACAUAGAAAAAGAUGACAAUUUACAAAGGCAACGAGCUAAAACAGGAAGUGACAGGGCCCCAUUCUGUUUCUUCAGGCCCAAUCGCUCAGCUAUAAAUAUGAAGCAAAAUACUUUGCAGCAAUGCAUAACAAAGGUUACUGACAUUUAUCGCCAUAGGAGACCUUCUGCUAAGUUCAAAUUAAAUCUUUUGAAGAAAACAAAGAGUGCACCCUCACCAUGUUCUGCAGAAUCCAGCCAGUGGCUCCCAGAAAAUAACUUACAAAGCAGCAACCUAGAGGAAUCAAAGGCUCUUUCCCUGGACAGAGGUGACAUGGCAGGGAGCAGAAAAUACCAAACGGGCAAAGACAAUGCAAUUUCCACAGCAGAUGAAUUGAAUGGGCAGUGUACUCAUCGAAAUAUUACACAAGGCAGGAAGAAUACAUUAGAUAGUCACUCCCCAAAUAGUGAUGGCAUCACCGUGGACAGAGAAAUUAAUAAUGUUAGUGAUGUAGAUAAAAUUGAGACUGAGUGUAUGCCUUUACCACUGAAUCGAGUAUACAGCCAGGUUUCUCCUACAGAUAGCCCACAUUGGCCUGCAACUUAUUUGUUAAACAGUGCUGCUGUCAGUGCCCUCAGAGAAAGGCCUAGUUAUUUGGAAAAGUGCAAACAGGAAACUACAAGUACAACUGCAACAGAAGACAAAAUUACUCAACAAAAAUCUCCUACAUGCAACGCAGACAGUUACAAGGAUGAGCAACUGUGUUAUCCAUCAGUCACUAAUGAUGUCAAUGCCAUUAAUCAGGACCAAUUUAAGAUUAGCCAUGUACUUCCAGCACUGGACCCAGUGAGCAGGCAUCACUCUUCAAAAAAUAUCAUACACAGCAGUGAAAGUAAGACACUAAGUUUUUCACUCAAUUGUGCUACUGUCACAGCAGAUACUGGAGUUAAUGAACAUUUACAAAAGGACUCACCUGAAAUGAACAACAUUCCAGCAUUAGAUUCAGCAAGUUGCAUACGAUCCACAAGCAUAAUCACAGAUAUCGAGAAAAAUGCCAGACCAAAUGUGUCAUCACGUCUUGCUGAAAUAAAUGAUGACAAAAUACCUUAUGACAGAUUAAAGUUUAAAGGUUUUCAUAAAACAAGUAGCGCACCCUCAUCACCACUGACAGUGACUAAACAAAGAUCCACGACUGACGUCACUCACAAUAAUCAUGAAAAGUCACCAACCCAUCCCAUAAUGAGUGGUGAAUUUAUAAUGAACAGAAGAAAGAAUUCUUACUUACAGAUGUACAAACCUGAAACCAACAAUGAGUUUUCAUUGGCUGGACAACAGUCUCCUUCAAAAAUCAUAAACAGCAAAGAACAUAAAUCACCAGCUCAUUCGCCAAACAGAAAUUAUGUAUUGGAUCCAGGAGAUAUGAGGAAUCUAGAAAUUUGCCAGCCUGAAAACAACAGAGAAGCUUUGUUCAAGAAACCAAUUGAUCUGCAAUCUUAUACAGACAUCUCAGGUGCUAGAACUACUAAGUUUCAGCACUGGUUUCCAGAUGGUGACAUGUCUUUGAAUCAACGAUGCAGUGUUAAUAUAAAACACUGUAAAUCAGAAACUGACAUUAGUUCUUCAUUACAGAAUCUACCAAUUCAUCAAGAGUCUUUUAUAGACAUGACAUCUCGCAAGAAAAGUAACUAUUUGAGAGAGUUUGCAAAAAGUGGUGAUUUUACUUCGACUAGAACAGACAAUAACAAUUGUGAACACAUUGAUAGCCAUCUAAACAACAACACUUCUUCAUCACAUGAUUUGUUACCUGCUCUUUUGUCUCCUGAAAAUAUUGUACGUUACAACAGGAAUGCAAUGUGUGAUCAUUCACUGACAAAUGCAGAGUUUCUGGCACAGAACUGUGACAAUGCGAAAGAAGGUGGCAAAAUAUCCAAAUGUGGAAGGAAAUCAUUCCGUGGAGAAAUAUUUCCGAAUCAGGCAUUCAGGACAUGGACAAAAAAUACAAAAGGCUCUAGUUCACUUCAGCAAUGUUCUCCAGAGGAGGGCCAAACUGAUUCAGAUCUCUCAGAGAUUAAUAACUUUCGUAAUAGGUUAAAUGCCUACAGUGAUUUUUCUCAAUACAGAGCAAAUUCUUCUGGUAUUCAUGAAGGUGAUCAUUCUAUAUUGAAUGAUAAAUACCAGGCAAGGACAGCUAGAUUCUCAAAAACGUACCGCAGCUUGAGACAUUCUCUCAGGCCCAGUCCUCAGAAUAUUCAAAAUAGGUGUCAUAAUCUCUAUAAGACUGAAAGUUUAAAAGAUAUUAAUUACAACCAAUCCACCUUCCAAGAUCAUGAAAAUGUAUUUUCCACAAACAGGCUGUAUAAUUUUCAACCAGCAGUUCAAAACAAGCAAGUCAACACCAGGCUUCAGUUUUCAAAUUAUAUGAAAUCCAGCAAACUUUAUCGAUCUUAUUCUGAUAUCCCAUUUUCUAAUGAGAAUGAAUUUGACCAGAGCAACUGGGCUACAGAUCAUGGCAAUAAGAUUAGGGUGGACAAUCAUGAGUUAGUAAUUGGAAAUGAAGACAAAACCAACGUUUCUAAAGAAGAGAAAAGGAAAGAAACACAUCUUGAGAACAUGAAAAGAGUGUUGGUUGUGGACAGAUUGUGGAAACCUGAAGACCUUCACAAGAGGGUCUCAUCUCCAAGAAGUGAGGAUGCUUUCAAUCCACGUACAAGUGGAAUAAACCAGGAUCCCGGGGUGAAUGAUGAUACAGAAAGCAAUCACGAAUAUUUUCCUGUAGACAUUAAAUUAUUCUGGCCUAAGGAAAAUCCCACAGAUAUAAUCAGACUUUUAAGUUCAUCAUCUACAAGCAGUAAAGUAUCAGAAGACAGUCUUUCACCGCAUCAUCAUUGCUCACCAGCUGCGGUUGACCAACAGAACUUUUCUUGUUACUCAGAUACAAACUCAGACACCACCACUGAUGAUGAGUACUUCUUGGAUGGCAAUGAUACAGUAAAAGAAUCUGUGUUAUAAUACUGCUCCCACCUAUAAGAACGGGUAGCAGUGUAUGUUAUUGAUUUGUAACAAAUCAUCUUUUAUCAUUGAUUGUUGGCCGCCAUGGUCUUUUGGGUUUGUGUUAAGGUGCUCUCAAGUAUGACACUGCAAUACUCAAUAGUAUUGAUACCAUUUUUCUGUAUUUUCGAAAUGUAUAACUUAGUUGUCAGUCCCUUUGGCAGUUAUAUGAUACAUUUUCUAAAGUGGGAAGUAGUUGUCUUAUUGCUGGAGACAGUUAUAUUGAAUUUUCAUAUUUUAAGGGAAACUUAAUUCAUGCCAUUAUAUUAAAUAGUGAUGAAAAGUGUCUAUUUGGUUCUGGUCAUAUAUAAAUAACACAUAAGACCAUCUUCCCUGAAAACAUAAAUCUUCAGGUUUUGGCUAAAUAAAUAAUAGGUUAAUAUUUUGGAAAUGAUCUUUCAUCAGAUGUUUGAUGCAGGAUCUUAUCUGAAACAUUAACUUAUUUUUGCCCUUGUUGGACCUGUUCUGCACUCCAGUCUUUCCUGUUCUCAUUUCAGUUUUUCAGCUUCUAAAUUUUUCUUAUUUAUCAUAUAUUAUUUUAGUUCGUCAUUGUUAUAAGUUCAGUGAUCUUCAAAAAUAUAUGUCGGGGUCAAGUCAAAAUGUUUUACAAUGGAACAUGCUGCCCGUGUGAUCAUAAUUUUUGCACAAUAUGUAUAAGUAGUACCAUUAACCAAAUAUAUGUAAAAAUAAUCAUUUAAAAAUUGUGCUGCUAAUAAAUUACUGCCCUUAAUAUUGCAUUUA